AUGAUAGAAAAACCACGAGUCCGCCGGAUAGCAGGAAGAAAAGGCCCUGCGGUUGUCAAAAAAUGCUGUGGCAAGAUGGUGGAGAUUUUGUACACUCAAAUUCUGGUGGCCAUUGCAGUCUGCGUACUGUUUUCCAUCUACAAAUCCACUCAAGUGAUACUUCCAGACAAUCACAAGGUAGAAGCAGAUCGUGUGGUUCGAUCCAAAGAAGCACAGUUGCGAGAAGCUGCCUUGGAACGGUUGGCACGGGAGGCAGCCGAGUACGAAAACGAUGACGAGUACAGUGGUGGUGGUGGGCAAAACAGUCCAAAUCAAAACAGCGAAAAGGAUUUCAGUGCCCUUGCUGGCAAGGUGCCGAAUGGUGUCAAUCAACGAAGAAAAGAUGGCACAGGCUACAUUUUGAUGAAAGAAGAAACCGAAGUAAAGACGGCCAAUCCAGCCUAUGCCGGUUACCUGGUCCAACCUGGCGAUUUCAUAUACCAAAAUCUGCCUGGUGAAUCAGCUCCCAUUGUCAUGGAAGAUUAUCGGCUCAUCUUUUUUGCCCAAGCUAAAGUGGGCUGUACGGUUUGGAAGCUCUUGUUUCGACGCAUGAUGGGCAUUGAAAAGUGGAGAAAUCAACAAGGGGGACUGCCCCAUGUACGACCCAAGAAUGGACUCAAGUACUUGGAUGAUUACAACAUUUCCUAUGCUUCUCACAUUAUGCAAAGUCCUCAUUGGACGAGGGCCAUUUUCCUACGAGAUCCCAAGGAGCGAUUCCUGAGUGCCUAUCUGGACAAGGCUGUCGAAUCUACACUCUUUGUUGAUACCUGUUGCAAUCGCAAACGACAAGUUCAUUGCAACCCAGCACCGCCCGCCCUCCAUGAAUUCAUGGCUGCCAUUCACAACUGUAAAGACAGUCAUUGGGAUCCACAAAGUGAACGAAUGGAAACCAAAUACUGGAAAUAUUUGAACUUUAUUGGGCAUUUGGAGACUGUGCAACAAGAUGCCAAACGAUUGCUACGAAAGAUUGGAGCCUGGGAACAAUAUGGCAAAAAUGGAUGGGGCAAGAACGAGACGUCGGCCAUAUUUGAGAGUGCCGAUGGAACUCAUCAUGCCAACAAUGCCAAGUCCAAACUGCAGGAGUACUUGUAUCCAGAGCUGGAACAAGAAGUGGAGGAAUUUUAUGAAGACGACUACAACAACAAACUCUUCAACUUCACCAUUUCCAAAAAGUACAAGGAUGGGGCCAUCCGAACCGCUGUGGAUCACGCCUCCUUGAAUUUGCCCCUUGUCGAACCCAGAGACUGGAUUUACCGAAAAUCCAAAUUUCAUGGUGAAGCGUCUCCGAUUGUACUGGAAAAGUACAAACUGGUCUUCUUUGCAAUCCCUUAUGUGGCGGAGAAUGAAUUCAAACAACUGUUUCGCCGCAUGCAGGGAUGUGAGGAUUGGAAGACACAAAAAUAUGAAAAGAAGAAUCAUGAUGCAAUCAACAAAGGCCUGGUCUUCCUACGAGACUACAACUUGACCAGGGCCAGCGAGAUCAUGACGGAUCCCAACUGGACCAGGGCCAUCUUUGUGCGAGACCCAAAGGAACGCUUCGCGCUGGCGUACACCAUGACUGCUGUCCGCCAGCGCUCACUUUUGCAUCACAUUUGCUGCACGGUGAUGCCGAGAUUGUUUUGCCUCAAAGGCACGAGGACAAAAGACCUCGUGGAUGCCCCCAAUUCUACCGAGUUCCUGAGAGGGAUACACACCUGUAAGAGCACACAUUGGGAUCCCAUGACACAGCGUAUGAGUGCCAUGAGGAGGAUGGGACUUCAUGUACUCCAAAAACGAGCAUUCGACCAUGAGAAACACUUUGUCCAUAACAAGUACUGGAACUACAUCAACUUUGUGGGAAAUGUUGAUACAGGUUACCAGGAUGCCAAGGCCAUGUUGGAACGCCUUGGCGAUGGGUUGUGGCAACAGUUUGGGGCAUCUGGAUGGGCUGAGACUCCCGAGGAGGCGAAAACAUUUCAUGACUCCUUUUUGAAAACAUCUAGCUUCCUCAAGCACGAGCUCAACACCAAGACCAAAGUCUCAAAAGUCAUUAUCGAUCCUGCCAUGGAAAGGACCAUUGAAGUUUUGUACAACAAAGACUACAACAGUCCAUGGUUCAACCUGACAAAGAAGAAGCUAUUCUCCUCCAUUGGCAGUACAUUUCUAAAGGAGGCAGAAAUUCUAAGAGAGCAAAUGAAUGUGAUUCGACAGGAAACGAGCAAAAAGGCCAAUGCUCGGGAAUGGUAG